GCUUCAGAUCUUAAAGUAACAUGGUUAAAACAGUGACAGGUAUUUCAGUAAGAUAAGGAAGACAAAUAAUCAAAAAAAUACAUUUUGUGUAAUCAUAACAAAAGAGAAUUAUAACCAGGUUACAUCAGAUCGAAAUGAAAAGUAUGCGCUUCAGGCAAAACUCGCAAAGCGCUCCAGUCAGACUUCAAAAAGGCUUUUCCCACAAAAAAGCUUACUGCAGGCCAUCAUGUCGGCAUGUAUCCACAGUGACAAAGAAGAGAUAACAUAGACUUAAGAGUAAUUUGAGGCACUGAAAAUGUGUUCAUUUACAAAGGGCAGUAUUAUGUAAAAUCAACUUUUUUUUAAAGCUUUACAUUAUAAUGUUAUUAAUUCAUGCAAAUAACAGCUGGAGUGUUGCUAUGAUUCUUUCAUGAUAAAUUGUUUAAACUCCCGUGGCAACCAUUCAGCUAAAAUGCCUGGGUGGACCUAGCUCCGCCUUCGAGGACACAGCUCCUCCUCGGAGCUGUAGUUUCCAGCCCUCCCCCUGCAUCUCCCCCACUCAGCUCCUUCAGACUAGCCAGCAGCAAUUAGCAUACACCUGGUGGAACUGCACAUCAGCUGAACUCAUUAUACGAGCUACGUCUCAGUGCAUGGUAAAGAUGUUGUUAAAAGGUUAAUGGAGGAGCCAUGUUGUGAUGACUUUCUGAAGGUGGAGAUUCAGAUUUUUAAAGACACAGAGGCCCCAUUUCAGGGCAUUAAAUUAAGUCAACUUUCUCUUAAGUCAUAUUUUGUAUAUACAGCAUUUUUACAACUGGAGGUAAAUUUUGUCAUAAUAAAUCUACAAGCUUCAUGCAGUUUAGGAGGUUUAAUGUAGCUCCCAACUGAGGAUAAUACAUGACUAAUAUUUUUUUUAUAGAAACAAGUUUAAAUCAAAAAAGUACAGCAUGUUCAUCCCCAGAGACGUGAACUGGUAGAAACUUGGUUGUGGUAGAGCACCUGCUCUUUCUCCUCUAAAAGUGUCCUUUUGACUUUAAUUUUUAUUUUAUUUUUUUUGUGUGGUGCCAAAGACAGCAUUUCUGGAUUUUGAAGCUUAUAUUACUAGAGUCCCUCAUUUUUGUAAUUUAACCUGACAGGAAUCUGUCUGCUCCAAAUAUGCAAAUAUUUUGUUAUCCAAUCUGACUGAACAAAGGGAACAGGAAGAACAUGUCCCUCUUCUAUCUGACUUUUACUUCCUUAAAGAUGUACAAAUCCAUUUACGUUUUGCAGCUGUGAGUUUUUUCCAUCAAAGUCAUCAUGCAAAUGAAACACUGCAAAUAAUUUGGCACGAUGCCACACCUUAUGCGCCCAAAACCUGAUCGUCUGCACAGUAAUCGGAGCAGAUCCCCUCCCCCAUGACGUCUUUAAAGCCAUAAUUUAAAAAAAUUGCCUAAGCUGGAAGGGGCAGAGACGGCUGUAACCUGUGAUUGUGACAUUUAUGCAGGUGUGUGUGAAGGCUGGAGUCCAGGUUUUUUGUCAACACACACACGUCCGCCAGCACUUCAGGCACUGAACAAGCAUCAUGCUUCUCUUAACCCUGCUGAUAUUUUUGCUGCCAAGUCCGUCAUGCACAGCGGCGCAGAGCCGCCAGAAGAGAGACUGGAUCGUCGACUCCUACGAGAUAGAAGAAGGGAACCCGGGACCCUUCCCUUACGUUUUGGGCAAGGUAUCUAUCGACCGCAAAUAUCAAGUAUUGUUUGACCUGAAAGGCCAAGGAGUGGACAAGGACCCGAAGGGAGUCCUCGGAAUCGAAGAGUCGACGGGCAAGAUUGUUGUCUACAGGCCGGUGGACUACGAGGAGUACAAAGUGCUAAAGCUAAGUUUUGAAGCCAAGAAGAAGGAGGACCAGUCUAUCGACACUCGACUAGGAAUUGAGAUUGCAAUUCGGGACAUCAAUGACAACCCGCCACUCUUCGUGGUAGAUCGGUAUAACGUCACAGUGGAAGAGGCUCUUUAUCAAGGCUCCCAUCUCCUCACCGUAUUGGCCCAGGACAUAGAUAAGCCAAAUACCCGCAACUCGACUUUCCACUACGCCAUCAAAUCGGUUUCCCCAGAAUCUUCGAACAUCGAAUUUGUCCUCAAAGAAACUGGAGAGCUGUCGUUUAAAGGCUGUUUCGAUCACGAGGUGGCCAGCAAGCACACGUUGGUGAUAGAGGCUAUAGACCAUGGUGAGGUCAUCCAGCUGUCCAGUUCAAUCACAGUCCUCAUCAAUGUGGAGGAUGGUAAUGACCACCUUCCAGUCAUCACGGGUCAAACGGGCUCAGGCAAAGUGAAGGAAAACAAGCUUGGAGUCUCUCCUCUGCGCUUCCAUGUGACGGACAAAGACAUGACACAUAGCAAAGCCUGGAGAGCCAAAUACACCAUUCAAGGAGACAAGGGAGGACACUUCAAGAUAGAGACAAACGCAGAGACUAAUGACGGGAUUUUGACUGUUGUGAAACCAUUAGACUUUGAAGAUGGAGCAAUGAGAGAGCUAAAGAUAUCGGUUGAAAAUGAGGCGCCGUACUUCUCCUGCAAAGUGAAAACGCGGCCGUCCACUGGCCUCUGGGAUGUUGAUUUCACUGAUGAGCAAAUUGGUGGCAAGAGAGUUCAGCCUAACACCAAAACAGUUGUCAUCGAGAUAGAGGACGUGAACGACCCCCCGAACUUUGUCGUGACCGUCAAAAAGGCCAACCUAAAGGAGGAUGCGCCGAUCGGAACCUGGGUGGAGAAAGUGAUUGCUGUGGAUCGAGAUGCCACUGCUUCAAGCGAUUUCAUCUACAAAGUGGGACAUGAUCCAGCAGGCUGGAUGAAUAUUAAUCCCCAAACUGGAGACAUCACUACCAGAAAGAUGGUGGACAGGGAAUCCGACCAUGUUGUCAACGGCGUUUACACCGUAAUACUGCAUGCAGUGGAUAAAGGUGAGCCACCCAUGACAGGCACAGCUACACUGAAGAUCCAUGUUAUUGAUAUGAAUGACAAUGUACCAGAACUGGAGGUGAACCAUGUGGCUGUCUGCAUGUCCGACAACCAAACUUCCAUCAACAUCUCAGCCACUGAUCUAGACGCUUCUCCGUAUGGAGGGCCUUUCACAUUUGAGCUGCUUGGGGACGUCAAAGGAAAAUGGAAACUGGAUCCAUCCUACGGUUUCACAGCAGGCCUGGUGAGGCUCUCUCGUGUGCCUGCUGGUCGUUACACUCUUGGAGUGAAGGUGUCAGACCUGCAGGGGGCGUAUGGCAUUUACAAGCUGAACGUCACCGUGUGCUCCUGCUUGGUGGUUCCCCACUGCCGCAUUCGGAACUCGGCGAUUAGCAGCUCUGGCGCUGUAGGCAUCGCACUGCUGCUUUCGUUAGCUUUAUUCUUGCUGGCAGUGUUGGCUCUAAUUACCAUCUCCCGCAAAGCAGUGUUUAUGCCCGCACACGAAAUCUCUGACGUUAAUGGAUACCUAAUGAUUGGAAACAUUGAAGCACCAGGGAGGAAUGUUGAGUUUGAAAAGUUAGAGGAACGGGUUACACUGUAUGUGCAACGUAAAAACUUGAGGUGUUCAGGUGAAUUUACACAAGACAUUUCGAAAGGUAGAGACGACGGCUUCAUCAGUAGCAACUCAUGGAGGUACAGGACGAGUAAAGACAGGAACAAGUUAGGGGAAUUGCCACUGUAUGAGCAAUCUGAAAACGUGAGGUUUUCGGAUGAAUUUACACAAGACAUUUGCAAAGGUAGAGACGACGGCUUCACCAGUAGCAACUCAUGGAGGUACAAGACGAGUAAAGACAGGAACAAGACUGAAGACUGCAACGCCAAGAGCUGCUACCCGCUGUCUGAUGAAAUGCUACUUCUCCUUCAGAGGAGGCUCUCUUCUUUACAAGAACCAAUGGCCGAGCUGCUUGAUUAUGAACCUCAAACCUACGCAGAGGAGGGGGAUCCCUAUAGUCCUGCAGAUCUGAGUUACCUCGACAUUCCUGAUGAGCAUGGUUCACUUCAUGAAGUGAACCAUGAGAAUUCUCCUUGAGAAUUUAGGCCCACAGUUUAA